GAUAAAGGUUAUGAUUUUUUUAAAUGUGUAACUUAUGUUAUCCAGACUCUUAAUUCAUACAAAAUGGGGUUGAAUAGCUAAACCAUUUGGGUAAUUGCUUAUUGGAUAUCACCAUCCACUUCAUUGCAUAUUCUCUCAAAUAACCAUUCUAAUUCAGGGUGAAUAAAAAAGCACCGCAAGCCACCUGGCAAUUAUACACGACGGGCUGUCUUCUUCCUUCUCACUGCGAUUUUGCGAUCCGAUUUUCUUCCCUUUUCAUCAUCUUCUUUGUUUUCCUUUGAUUCAAUGCAGUGAUGGCAUCAAGUUCUGGAAACUCGCUUCCUGCUCCUGAGGCGAUUCAGGUUCUGGUUUCAUCGCUCGCUGAUGAAUCCCCAAUGGUUAAGCAAGCGUCCAUGGCGUCUCUUAAAGCCCUCGCUCCUUUGAACCCGCUUUUAGUUCUUGAUUGUUGCUUAACGGUAUCUCGAGGCGGCCGUCGGAGGUUUGGGAAUAUUGCUGGUGUAUUUACAGUCAUGUCAAUUGCAAUUAGUGCCCUUGAAGAAGGGGAAGUUGACACCGCUUAUAUGACCAAACUUGCUAAACUUGCCACUGCUGAGAUCAUUUCAUCAAAGGAAAUAAAAGCUGAUUGGCAAAGGGCUGCUUCAUCUCUACUUGUUGCUAUUGGUUCUCAUUUACCAGACCUUAUGAUGGAAGAACUAUUUCUUCACUUAUCUGCACAAAACUCAGCUCUUCCAGCUAUGGUUCAAAUACUUGCAGACUUUGCUACUUCUGAUGCUCUGCAGUUUACCCCAAGACUUAAAGGUGUGCUUUCCCGAGUUCUUCCCAUUUUAGGGAAUGUUAAAGAUCAACAUCGGCCAAUUUUUGCAAAUGCUUUCAGGUGUUGGUGUCAAGCCUGUUGGCAAUACAGUGUGGAGUACCCUCUUUCAUCAAUUCUUGAUAGUGAUGUCAUGUCGUUUCUAAAUUCUGCCUUUGAGUUAUUAUUGCAAAAUUGGGCAACUUCACGUGAUCUUAAGGUUCGGACAUCUGCUGUAGAAGCAUUGGGUCAGUUAGUUGGGCUUGUUACAAGAACAUUAUUGAAGGCAUCUUUACCAAAAUUUGUUCCAACUAUAUUGGAAUUGUAUAAAAGGGAUCAAGAUAUUGUCUUUUUGGCUACAUGUAGUCUUCACAAUCUAUUGAAUGCUUCACUCCCUCAAAAUGGCUCUCCUUUACUUGAUUUUGAGGAUCUCACAGUUGUAUUAUCAACACUUCUACCAGUUGUUUGUAGUUACACUGACAUCAAACAGCGUUCAAAUUUCUGUGUUGGCCUCAAGACAUAUAAUGAAGUUCAACAUUGCUUUCUCACUGUUGGAUUGGUGUAUCCUGCAGAUCUAUUUGUUUUUCUUCUAAGCAAAUCCAAGUUGAAAGAAGAUCAAAUGACAUUUGGUGCUCUAUGUGUUCUAAAGCAUCUUUUACCAAGGUUAUCUGAAGCUUGGCAUAAUAAAAGGCCUGCAUUAAUAGAAGCCAUUACAGUGUUAUUAGAAGAGCAAAAUUUGGGUGUUCGUAAAGCACUUGCAGAACUAAUAGUUGUUAUGGCUUCUCACUGUUACUUGAUUGGUCCUUCUGGGGAGCUGUUUGUUGAAUAUCUUGUAAGACAUUGUGCCAUGUCAGAUCAAGAAAUUGAUGACCUUGUGAGCUUGAGGGACCCAUUUAGACCUAGCAAUCUUUAUUAUUCCUUUCAGCAAAAGAGAUCUGAGGUAAAGAUUGGAGCUGUUCGUCCAACAGAGUUAAGAGCAAUAUGUGAAAAGGGUCUCCUUUUAAUAACCAUAACUAUUCCUGAAAUGGAGCAUGUUUUGUGGCCAUUUAUGUUGAAGAUGAUCAUACCUCGUUUAUACACUGGUGCAGUUGCCACAGUUUGUAGAUGCAUAUCAGAUAUGUGUAGACAUAGAGCUCUUCAUAAUGAUAAAAUGAUACGUGAAUGUAGAACUCGUGUUGAUAUUCCACGCCCUGAGGAGCUUUUUGCACGUUUAGUGGUGCUUCUUCACAAUCCUCUUGCAAGAGAACAACUUGCUACUCAAAUUUUAACAGUGUUGUGUUACUUGGCUUCACUAUUUCCAAAAAACAUAAACUUGUUUUGGCAAGAUGAGAUUCCAAAAAUGAAAGCUUAUGUCAGCGACACCGAAGACCUUAAACAAGACCUUAAUUAUCAAGAAACAUGGGAUGAUAUGAUAAUCAAUUUUCUUGCAGAAACUUUGGAUGUUGUUCAAGAUACUGAUUGGGUCAUUUCUCUUGGAAAUGCUUUUGCAAAGCAGUAUGAGCUUUAUACAUCUGAUGAUGAGCAUUCUGCACUUCUUCACAGAUGUCUUGGUAUACUUCUUCAGAAAGUUGAUAACAGGACUUAUGUUCGUGAUAAAAUUGACUGGAUGUACAAACAAGCAAAUAUCACCAUUCCUGAAAAUCGACUUGGUUUGGCUAAAGCCAUGGGAUUGGUUGCAGCAUCCCACUUGGAUACUGUUUUAGAUAAACUUAAAGACAUUCUUGACAACAUUGGAGAAAGUGUUCUCCAGAGAUUUCUAUCCUUCUUCUCAGAUAAAACUAAGAUUAAAGAUUCUGAUGACAUUCAUGCUGCAUUAGCUCUCAUGUAUGGAUAUGCUGCAAGAUAUGCUCCUUCAACUGUAAUUGAAGCCAGAAUAGAUGCACUUGUGGGCACUAAUAUGUUAUCACAUCUUCUUAUUGUAAGACACCCUAGUGCAAAACAAGCUGUUAUCACUGCUAUCGACUUACUAGGGCGUGCUGUUAUUAAUGCUGCUGAAAGUGGAAUUUCAUUCCCAUUGAAAAAAAGAGACCAGUUGCUUGACUACAUACUAACCCUAAUGCGUAGACAUGAUGAAGAAGGCUUUUCUGAUUUAAGUGUUGAGCUUUUACACACUCAGGCCCUUGCUUUAAGUGCUUGCACUACUUUAGUAUCUGUGGAUCCAAAGUUAACAACCGAAAUGCGAAAUAUUGUCAUGAAGGCAACAUUGGGAUUCUUUUCUUUACCUAAUGAUCCAGCUGGAGCUGUGAAUCCUCUUAUUGACAAUCUCAUCACUCUUUUAUGUGCAAUUCUUCUCACAAGUGGGGAAGAUGGAAGAAGUCGUGCAGAGCAACUUUUACAUAUCUUGAAACAAAUCGAUCACAUUGUCUCUUCACCUCUUGAUUACCAAAGAAAAAGAGGAUGCAAUGCAGUUUAUGAAAUGCUUCUCAAAUUUCGUACCCUUUGUGUCACUGGCAACUCAAAGUCAAAUGUUUCAAAUUUACCAUCUGCUUUUCUUUUGCCAAGUAGAGAUGCAUUGUGUUUGGGAGAUAGAGUGAUAGUGUAUCUUCCACGUUGUGCUGAUACAAAUUCUCAAGUUAGAAAAGUUUCUGCUCAGAUUUUAGACCAGUUUUUUGAUAUAUCUCUAUCUCUCCCAAGACAUGUUGCUUCUAGUUACACCACACCUGUUGAAUCUUCCUAUGCUGCUUUGUCAUCUCUCGAGGACGUUAUUGCCAUUUUGAAAAAAGACACGUCUAUUGAUCCUUCAGAAGUGUUUAAUCGUGUCAUUUCAUCUGUUUGUGUUUUGUUAACAAAAGAUGAGUUGGUGGCUACUCUCAAUGGUUGUUCUGUAGCUAUAUGUGAUAGAGUUAAGCCCUCAGCAGAAGGUGGUAUACAAGCAGUCAUUGAGUUUGUUACAAAAAGAGGAAAUGAGCUUAAUGAAACUGAUAUCUCAAGAACUGCUCAAUCUUUGCUUUCUGCUACAGUUCAUGUGUCUGAGAAAUACUUACGCCAUGAAACACUUGUUGCUAUAUCUUGUCUAGCUGAACAUACAAGUCCUAGAGUUGUAUUCAAUGAAGUAUUAACAGCUGCUGCAAGAGAUAUAGUAACAAAAGAUAUACUAAGAAUGCCAGGUGGCUGGCCUAUGCAGGAUGCAUUUUAUGCUUUUUCACAACAUAAUGAACUUUCAUCAUUAUUUCUGGAGCAUUUAAUAUCCACCUUAAGCCACACUAAAACUGACAUAUCAAAAGGAGACCUUUCUGGAGAUUCUGUUCACACACGCACUGAAGAUGAGAUCCUUCAAGCUGCCAUUGUUGCUUUAACUGCAUUUUUCAGAGGAGGGGGUAAAAUUGGAAAAAGAGCAGUUGAACAAAAUUACGCCUCUGUUACAGCUAUACUUACUCUUCAUUUAGGAAGCUGUCACAGCCAAUCUCUUUCUAUCCAACAUGAACAGCUUCGUAUACUUCUGAUAUCAUUUCAAGCAUUUUGUGAAUGUGUUGGGGAUCUUGAAAUGGGAAAGAUUUUGGCUAGAGAUGGAGAACACAUUGUUGAUGAAAAGUGGAUUGAACUUAUUGGUGCUUUGGCUGGAUGUAUUUCAAUAAAAAGACCUAAAGAGGUUUCAGCAAUAUCAGUUAUUUUAAGUAAAUACCUAAAUCAACCUGUGAGAUUCCAGAGAGAAGCUGCAGCAGCAGCAUUAUCAGAAUUUGUACGUCACAGCAAUGAAGGAUCUGGUUCAGUAUUGGAGGAAAUAGUAGAAGCAUUAUGUAGACAUGUGUCAGAUGAUUCUCCAAUGGUCAGGCGUUUAUGUCUAAGAGGACUUGUCCAGAUACCACCUAUUCAUAUUAAUACACACACAAAAGAAAUCCUUGGUGUAAUAUUGGCAUUGCUUGAUGACUCAGAUGAAUCAGUUCAAUUGACUGCAGUCUUAUGCUUACUUUCGAUUCUUGAGUCAUCACCAAAUGGUGUGGAGCAUGUUCUACUUAAUUUGUGUGUGCGCCUUCGCAAUCUUCAGGUCUCCAUGGACACUAAGAUGAGAGCAAAUGCUUUUGCAGCAUUUGGAGCAUUAAGUCAAUAUGGUUCUGGGGCACAACGUGACUCUUUUCUUGAACAGGUACAUGCUGUGUUGCCACGAUUGAUUCUUCAUCUUCUUGAUGAGGAAUAUUCCGUCAGACAAGCUUGUCGGAAUACUAUGAAAGGGGUAGCUCCCCUCAUGGAAAUAGACGAUUUAAUCCCUCUACUCAACACUCAACGCUUUACUUCUGAUCACAGAAGUGAUUAUCAAGAUUUCCUUAGAGAUCUGGCCAGACUACUCGUUCAGCAUCUGACUUCCAGAGUUGAUACUUACAUGUCAUCAAUAAUUCAGGCUUUUGAUGCUCCAUGGCCUGCUAUCCAAGCAAAUGCCAUUUAUUUAUCCAGCAGCAUGCUUGCUUUGACAGAUGAUCAACACAUUUCAUCUUCUUAUUAUUAUCAGGUGUUUGGGUUAUUGGUGGGGAAAGCAAGUCGUUCAACAGAUGCAAUUGUAAGGGCAACAUGUUCAUCAGCACUUGGAAUGUUAUUAAAAUCUGGAAAUUGGGUUUCAUGGAGAGCUGAAAGACUUUUUGAUCAUAUAGAAUCUGGGAGGAGCAGUUACAGUAUCGAUUCAGAAUCAUCUAGUAGAAAGUAAAAAAAACUUUUCUGUAAAGAGUAGUAGUGCUCAAUUUCUUUGUCUUUGUGUUUGUGCAUAUAUAUACCUCAGAGUGAGAGAGAGAGAGAGAGAGAGAGAGUAGAACAAUUGCUAGAUUUGUAU